ACCCCAUUUUCAAUCCACAGCAUUUCAAAACAAUGCCAAAGGAGCAGCAAAACUAAACAAUAAACCAACUAACUAACUACAACUAACUUUAACUGCUUUAGUUGCUGCCUGCCUUUUUGAUCAGCUAAAUAAUAGGAAACUUUUACCCUCUGGAGAACAUCUCGGAAUUAAAUCCAAAGAAAGGAGAAGGGUUCAAAAUAAAGUUUUGAGUUUGUAUUGAGACUGAAUAUAUUAGAAUGAGCGACUCGGAUCCACCACCACCACCAUUUUUCGAAAACAAUGAACGAGUCCUGUGCUUUCACGGUCCGUUAGUUUAUGAAGGAAAAACUUUAAAGACGGAAUAUCGACAACCCAUAAAGGAAUAUGCAUAUUUGAUUCACUACGCAGGGUGGAAUAAAAGUUGGGACGAAUGGGUGUUGGAGUCAAGAGUUUUAAAGUACACUGACAGCAACUUGGUUCGUCAGAAGGAACUGAAGUUAGCACACGAAGAACAAUUACGCAACAAUAGAAAAUCUCUUGUAGUAAAAACACCAGUAAAUAAAAAACGGUCAAAUGUCGGGAGUGACACUGCUAGCGUCAUAUCCGCUUCAGAUUCUAGAUCAUCAACCCCCAUUAUGGAUCAAAAGGUUGCAAAAACGGGGAAACGAGACUCUAUUAAAAAUAGUGACGUUGGGGGUGAGGAAUUUGCCAAGAAAAGAAAUCGAAGUGAAUGUGUGGAACAGGAAUCAAUUUUUCAAGUGAAACAGGAGGUUCAGAUUGUACUACCUCAUCAACUGAGGACAUUUUUGGUGGAUGACUGGGAUAACGUCGUGCGUCAGCGAAGACUCGUAAAGCUGCCAGCACGCCAUUCGGUUGAACAAAUUUUGGAAAAUUAUUUGAAAACCCGAAAAAAGACUGAUAUGCAUGCAGUAGAACUUUGUAACGGACUCCGCGAGUACUUUAAUUGUAUGAUUGGCUCUCAAUUGUUGUACCGUUAUGAAAGAGAGCAAUUCCUUGAGAUCUGGAAGACGUAUCAAGGGCCGGCAGCUAAGAAACAAAUGUCAGAAAUAUAUGGCAUUUCUCAUCUCAUGCGUCUAUUCACCAAGCUGGGUGUUUGUUUGUCAUAUACUAGCUUGGAUGUCGAAGCUGUGAACCUACUGCAACAAUGUGUUGAAGAAUUUCUGACGUUUCUUGUCAAGAAUUAUGAAGAUUACUUUUCAUUGGAGGAUUAUGGAGUGUCUGACCCUGAGUACCAACGGCAAGUUCCAGUUUAACCUAACCUAAAGUCAAAAUCGUUUCAUGACAAAUGAAUUUCAUUUUUUACCAUUCUUUCUGCAUACCUUUGCAGAUUACUAUUUAAAAUUGUAAAUGAGUAAAUCACGACUUUAUAUUUAAUAAAGCGUCGUUUUUAUCUUUUAUCUAAUA